AUGUCUAAUAAUGAUAACUAUUUGGGAGAGAAAGAACAACUCAGAAGAAAUCUAAUUUGCAGGACAGUUUGCAAAAAAACGAGUGAUCCAUCGAAGUGUGGUGUAUGUGGAACAACAGAUGUGUUUCUCUACUGUGAUGCUCACCGCGACUUCUUUUGCUUUGACUGCGAUCGAAUGGAACACGAUUUCGACGACAACAUAUGGGCUUGGAGGCACGUGCGUCGGAUGAUGUGUUCGGUUUGUCACUGUUUCAGCCGCAGAAUACUUGCCGAAAAUUGUAGUCUACCUUUACCACCAUUGUCUGUCCCUACUAAACUACCGCAGGCGGUAAUUGAGAUCACCGCAACGUUGUCUGAUUCUGAAGACGACGAGGAAAACGAUUAA